UGUAUCUUUACUUUAUCCCCCAUCCUGCUGUAUCGAUAACAUCUUUUCUUUUGUCUCUCUGCUGUAUCAUCUGCGUACGACCACGAACCAACGAAUAACUCAAAAUGCAGUCCCUUUUACGCUGGAGUAUCGAGCAUGCCGGCGCACCAUCGCAAGAUGGCUCCGCACCGCGCCCAGAACCAAAGAAACUCGACCCAGAGAUUAUCGACAUGAUCCUGGGGAAGCCCGACGCGGAGCAGAUGAAGGAGAAGCUGGCGGUGGCGGUGGACGAGGGGCGGAGUGAGGAGGAACGGGUGCAGGCUUUGGAUGAUUUCGAGAUGUUGAUUGAGAGUAUUGACAAUGCGAAUGAUCUCGAAAAGCUGAAAAUGUGGCAACCCUUGCACGACCUCCUCACCUCCCCCGGGUCGACCGACGAGAUAAAGCGCCAAGUCCUCUGGGUGAUCGGCACCGCCGUGCAGAACAACCCCGCCGCGCAGAACGUCUUCCUCGCGAUGUCGCCACUCCCCACGAUCCUGUCCUUCCUCGCGCCGAGCGUGCCCGCGCAGACAAGGUCAAAGGCCGUGUACGCGCUCUCGGGGAUCCUCAAGCAUAAUGCGAGCGCGGUGCGUCAGUUGGAGGAGGCGGGCGGGUGGGAGGUGCUGCGGAGUGCGCUCGAAGAUUCAGAUAUUACUGUUCGCAGGAAAACGGCGUUUCUGAUCAAUGCCCUGCUCAUUCCCAAUGAGUCGGCACAUGCACAAACACAAGCACAAGCACCUGCGCCCCAACCCCAGCUCGAACCCCAGGUUCAAACUACGAGUCCGUCUCAACUCCCGACAAGCUCAACAUCAUCCGCCUCCACUGCCCUGACUCUCCACUCAUCAUCGUCCACCUCCUCGUCCACACCCAACCCGAACCUCCACACCCCCGACACCCCCUCCGCGCCCGUCCACCCCAACUCACACGCCGCCCUCCAAGCGGACCCCUCCGCACUCAACACCUCCCCGCCCACGCUCACCGCCCUGCGCAGCAAGGCCCUCCUCCCCGCGCUCAUCAACGCACUGGUGUCACCGGUACCACACGGAGAAGACGGCGAGAACGAGGGCGACGCGGACUUCGAGGAGAAGGUCGUGCGGCUGCUGACCACGUACGUGAUGUCGUGCGGGGGCGGGUUCGAGGAGGAGGAAAAGAAGAAGCUGAGGAAGUAUCUUGAGCGGGAGGGACGGGAUGGCGAGCGGUGGGGCCUGGGCGAGGAUGAGUUGAGGGUGCUUUUGCGUGCACUUGAGUGAAUGGGUGUUAUGGAUGGUAUUGUAGUUACGGUGUAGUCUAAUGAAGGCAGAUUACUGGGAAUACCGACUCGUCCGUACUAUUUAAAUAAUAUUCGUUACCGUGAACUGAUCGCGUUUUUGAGGUCUGACGAGUG